UCUAACCUAAAAUAUUGCAGUCGCAGUCGGUCGAAUUGAAAAUGAAUCAAAGUUGUGUUAUCUAAUUAGUUUAAAUAAACAAAAUACUCAAUCCUUUGCAAAUUUGUAUUAGUUAAAGCGUUGCAAUGUUUUGUCCAGAUUUUUCUGAGUUUCAGGAUGUCCUGAAGAAGAUGCGUGUAUUAGACGACAAGAUAGUGUAUGCACUUAAUACAUCCAUCCCCACAGAGUCCUUUAGAAAGAAAAUAGAUGCAAGCUCGGCAUGUGCAGACUUGUACUCGCAGAUUCAGAAGGGGCAUACCGACCGGGAAGUCGUCAUUAAAAAUUGCAUAGUGUCUACGGCUGAUAAGGUAAAAAAAUUAAGGACAGCUAAGGAAGAGAGGCCUGAUGAUUAUGAUGUUUUGAAAAAUUUAAAGGCAGAACAACGAAAGCUACGUCUUCUGCAAACUGAACUGAGUGUGGAAGAGGUGAUCCGUGAAAAAACAACAAAGCUGUUUACAGAGAAGUGUAGAAGCUAUUAUAAGCCUGACAACUUAUGAAGACUGAGAAUUGAAAUAAUUGUUUUUGAGCCUAUAGUGUAUAUAUUAUAAAUAGAUUUGAGUUAAAAGU